UGCAAAGGUUUCCAAUUUGUAUUUAAAGCAGAUUACGGUGGCUAUUUAUGUUACCCCAAGUAUAAGUUAUACAAUGGACAACUUACACCAAAUUUUGAGGGAGACUUGUAUUUAAGAGUACCCAAAGCUGGUUUCGUCUAUAACAAGACGCUUGAUGCCGCCGAAUCAAGGUUGAAUUGAACAGCCGAACUUAGCAGGCAAGUUAGAGGAACGUAUGAAAAUAAGACACUGAAGCUUUUGCUUUGGUUUACUACCGCAGUGGGAGGCCUAGAGGUAACCUGCAUUUUCCUGGUGUUAUUUUCCUUGUUCAUGAGCAGUAAGAAUUCCGACCCAGUUGCAGAAGGAUACCUCCUGAUGUCUAGAUUCAAGCGAUUCAAGUUUUCUGAGCUGAAAAAGGGCACACGGGGAUUCGUUGAAGUGAUUGGACGAGGAGGGGGUGGUGUAGUAUACAAAGGUAUACUGCCCGAUAAGCGAGUUGCAGCAAUCGAAAGACUCGACGAAGCUAACCAAGGAGAAGCCGAAUUCCUAACAGAAGUAAAUACCAUUGGGAGGCUUAACCACAUGAACUUGAUAGAUAUGUUGGGAUACUGCGUAGAGGGAAAGCAUAGGCUUCUGUUGUACGAGAACAUGGAACAUGGAUCCUUAGCAGAUAAACUUACUUCUAACGAACUUGAUUGGGAAAAAUUUGACAUUGCAGUGGGCACAGCGAAAGGCCUAGCUUAUUUGCAUGAAGAGUGCCUAGAGUGGGUUUUACAUUGUGAUGUAAAGCCUCAUAACAUACUCUUGGACUCCAACUAUCAACCAAAGGUAGCAGAUUUUGGUCUGUCUAAACUACUGAAUAGAGGUGAGCGUGAUCAUUCAAACUUCUCAAAGAUGAGAGGAACUAGAGGUUAUAUGGCUCCUGAAUGGGUUUAUAAUCGUCCCAUCACCUCUAAAGUUGAUGUCUAUAGCUAUGGGAUUGUGGUGCUGGAAAUGGUUACGGGAAAGAGCCCCACAGGUACGCAGCAUAGCCCUGGUGGCGGAGGGGCGAAAGAGUAUAAUAGAUUGGACUCGCUGGUGAGGGAGAAGAUCAUGAUGCAUGCUGAUGGUGAAGCUUCAAGGGAGUCGUGGAAUAUUGAGGAGAUUGUAGAUCCAAGCAUGGGCGGCAGAUAUGACUCGGCUAAGAUGGAACUUCUGCUCAAGGUGGCUUGGCAAUGCGUUGCAGAAGAUAAGGAUGAUAGGCCCACCAUGACCCAGGUUGUAGAGAUGCUUUGCUGCGACGAGGUCAACUGAUAUAUAUAUAUAUAUA